CUGCGAACAAACUGUCGCUGCAGCUCGCGCAAGAAGCGCGGAGCACGAGCGCGUGAAGCGCGGAGCGCGGGCCAUGGGAAAUUUUGGAAGCUGCCAUGCCCCGCGGGGCGAGCAGACCGUGCGCACCCGAGUGCGCGUGCGCAGGCGGAUCCAGGCGUGGCUAGUGCUUAACCUGGCCCUGGGGAAGCUCGUUGCAGGUGGCGCCGUCGCCUUCAGCCGGCCCAGCAGCGCCUUGCGAGCACCCGCGCGCUUCACGCUGACAGGCCAGCGACCGGUUCCUCCCCGGCCGGUGCCCCGCAGCCAGCUCGGUCCUGCGCUCUCGCCGGGACUGGGAAAGGCGGCCUCGGACACCUUCUUAGAGCUGUUGGUCUACACAACUCUUUGGAUGUCUUUUAGUCUUGCGAGCUUGGUUCCCUUUGUGCAGAUGGAAUGUGGGUGGAACCUCGACUGGCGCCCCUUCUGGGCAGCCGCGUCCGAGAGCGUCGCCGUCUACACGCUGGAUCACUUGCGUGACAUCCGCAAAGCGACCAGAAGCACAGGAGAGCACAAGGUGAGCUUCCAGAACGGCCUGGCGCGGCACCGCGUGUUGCUGCUGAAAGCGCUGCUGGGCGGCAGCACGCUGACGCUGAUCGCCUCGCUGUGCAUUGCUCGUUCCUGGACGGUCACACUGACCUUUCUAGGGCACGUGGCUCUCUGCGCAGCGUACGCGAAGCUGAAGCGGUACAUGCCGUACUGCAAGGCCUUCUUCGUGUCGGCCUGUGUGGUCUUCAUGGCCCUGGCGGCGCCCAGCGCCUACGCCCCAGCGCUGUUUGGCUCACUUAGCGCGGCUUCUAUGGCCCAACUGCUGCUGCUCAUCUUUUCCGUGGCGCUGACCGUGGAGCAGCUGCAGGACCUGCGGGAUGUGCGGGAGGACCUGGAGGCACAGGUGGUGACCCUGCCCUCGGGCCUCGGCCCGCGCCGGGCCAGGCAGCUGCUGCUGGGCUUUCAGGCUGCCAGCACGGCGCUGCAUGUGCUCAUCAUGCUGGGGGCACGUCUGCCCCUGCGGCCACACUUUCUUGCAGUGCACAUGACAUGCAGCUUGUGCGCGCUGAGCUUCACGAGAGACACACCACGCAGUCUUUUUCAGGUUUUGCUUGAACCUCUUUAUGCACUACCUCUUUUGGCAACGAUGAUGCGCGCGUCUGUGGGGCUUUCGCUGUAAGGACACAAGCCUGAUUCACGGAUUCCGCCGGAUUCCGAGCUGGGCCGAUUGCCACCUAAGAGCUAGGUGAUGCUCAGCGGCAGGGCCGGCCUCGCUUAAGCUAAGCCGCCGGAGGCUGAAGUCGGGAGUUGUAAGAUGACUGCUCUUUGUGCC